AAUCGAAGGCAAGGACAAUUUUCCCCGACACUCGUCUGCGUCCCUUCCCCCUCCCCCGGUUUCGCCCAAAGUAUUCGCUUGACCCCCGAUUAGAGCUAGCAGGGAAGGCACGACGCGAUCGCGGCGUAGAAAGACCUCUGAAACGCCCAUAUUUUUCCUCUGAGGUUAAAUUCUGCAAUCAAACAGCCCCUUAAAGCUCUCUCGCGGCCUUUGCUCCAUCGUGUCUCGCUCUCGGCUCGAUCUCCUGUACCCGGCGCCGCAUCUUGCAGGUAGCCAACCGUCUCGGUCGGCAAAUUCGGCUCUCGGCGGAGGGCUGGCUUGUUGCUCAACAAAAUCCACAAACUCAUCUUAUUGGUAGUUAGAUGAUUUUGCGAGGAAUACAAUUGAUACAUGGCUUCAAGCAUUCAAUCUACCGAACGAAGGUGGACUUCUACAAGGAAGUCUGGUAUGACCGUAUUGGGGAAAGUUCCCAAACCCAUUAACUUACCGAGUCAGAAGUUAGAAAAUCAUGGGUUGGAUCCUAACGUUGAAAUUGUUCCCAAGGGUACGCUUACAUGGGGCACCCGGCCUUUGUUGGCUGCAUCCAGUGCAUGGGGUUCCUCAACUUUGUCGUCUCCUCGAACUGAUGGGAGUGUUGGUUCACCAGUCCAUGCUAAUGGCCGUCCAUCAUCCGGUGGAAGUGGCACUCGUCCAUCGACUGGUAGUAGUGAGAGGUCUAAUGAGCCUGUUGCUCUUUCAUUGGGUUCAAGUUCACGUCCAUCAUCAGCAUCAGGGAUACUUCCAUCCAGCCAUAUGUCAGUAGCUGCAAAUCGUCCGCGAAGUGCUGAUAAUAGACCCAAUAGCUCUCAUUUAUCACGAUUUGCAGAAAGUUCGGUCGACAGUAUUGCAUGGGGAGCAGCUGGAACUUCAGAGAAAACUGCUGAUGCAUCCAAAAAGAGCAACUUCACUCUGACUUCGGGAGAUUUUCCUAGUUUAGGAUCGGAAAAGAGUGAUGAGCCAAAAUCACAAAAAGGUCAAAACCCAAAUGUUUCAGCUUCUCCUGCUACGGCUCUAUCUUCAAGUUUGAAAGGGACAUCCAAACCUCUGUUAACCAGUGUAGGUAAUGAAAAUCCAGGUCUGGCUUUGCAUGGAAAUUUUAACAGCUGGAGUGCUGAUACUCUUCCUUGUGCUGGAGAAGGUCCUUCCACUAGAACAGAAAACUGGCAUCGGGACAUUCAUAACGCACAGCCUCUAUUAGAUGCACAUAUGGCAGCUCAACAAUAUGGGCCUUGGCAUGGUCCUGCUCACCAUUCUCCUGUAGUCUGGCAUGGAGGGCAUGAGGCUGGUGUUCUUUAUAGACCCUCAUUUGGCCCUCCGGGUACUUAUCAUGUUGAUGCGUAUUAUCCUUAUGUUCAAGCAGGUGCACUACCUAAUAAUCAAGCUUUCCCAAGGGCAGAAACUAUUUCAGGUGGCGUCCACCUUAAGAAAGGUGAAGCUUACAGGCACAUGCCUCCUGAAUCAUACCUUCCACACGGCGAGUCGGGUAUUCCUGUCAGACCUGGAGUAUAUCCUGGUCCAGUUCUCUAUGAAACUCACCCAAGCUUCGACAAUUCCUCCGAGCAAGUUGGUUCCACUGCGGGAAUGCCGGGGCAGUAUGGUUUGCAUAACCAGAAUCGCUCUGAAAAUCAGACACCUCAACCAUGGAGGUUUCACCCUCAGCCUGAUGGACCUGUUCCUGUGACUAUUAUUCAACAUGAGAUAUCUGGCCAAGCUAAUGAAACUCAAGGACAGUACAGAGUUCUACUAAAGCAGCAUGGAAAUCAUGAAGAGAAGGAUGCAUCUGGGAAGGAGCAUGCUGCAGUAGUUUCCUCAACUGCUCAGAAAGGAAGGCGAACUGGAUUCUCAAUGCCAGAGCCUUACUCGACGGACCAAAGCUACAAAGAAGAAGAAAAAAUUGAAGAACAGCAUGGCAAGGUUUCCCAUCGUCAAUAUCCUAAUGAUUUGGUAGAUCAAAAUGACAGAAAUUCUUUAGGAACUUGCAAGUCUGCUGGUCACAAUGUAAUGAAGAAGCUGGAUACUUAUCAACAAAAAGCCAUUGUCAAAAAGAAUGCCAGUCUAAUGGAAAAGGUUGAAGGUUUGAAUAGUAAAACAAGGGCUGUUGAUGCCCACUUUGAGGGUGAGAAUUAUCCUGCAAAGGAGAUGAGAAGUAAUCAAAGCUCAAGCAGUGGUGAAGGUCACUUUGCGGGGGUUGGUCCAGCAAAUUCUUGCUCUGCUAGCAGUACUUCCGUUUCUGGUGCUAGAAAUUUGGGUACGAGCAAGUCGAAUGCACCUACAAAGGUUAUGAUACAUGAGUCAGUUCUCGAGUCAAACUAUUCAGAAGAUGGUGUACAUUCACAGUUUCAUAAUCAGAAGGUAGUCCUUGAUGUAAAAGGAAAGGGCGAGCAUCACGGAACUCUGAAAUUUGGCAGUUAUGGUGCUGAUGAUGCGAAUAAUUCCCUUGAAAUGGAUUCUUUGGAGAAAACAAGUGUGACAAUUGGUAAAAGUGGAUGUUUGUUAUCUAUACCUGAUUCACAAUUAUCUAAAGCGGGUUCUGAUGACCAGGGUUCUCGUCUUAUUCUCAAUUCCGUCAGUGAUCGAUCCUCUUUGAAAUCUGUUGAUCAUGAUGUCCAGCAUGCUAAGCUGAAAGAAAUGGCAAGGCAGCGUGCCCUCCAACUCCAGAAGGAAGAGGAGGAGCGAACAGCUGAGCAGAAGGCAAAAGCUCUGGCUAAAUUGGCUGAAUUGAACGAGAGAGCUCUUGCAAGUUCCAAGCAGGCUUCAAGACAUGCUCAGCCACUGAACAAUGACAGCCCAAAUAAGCACAACACAUCUGGUAAGGAUGAGAAAACUACGACUGCCAGUGGAGCUCUCCAUGGCAGCCUUUCUUGUGAUUCUGAAGCAAAAAAGCAUCCUAAUGAUGCCAACAUUGUCAAGCUCAAAGAUUCAUCUGACUUGUCCCUUACUCAGUCAUCUGGGACUUCUGACCCCUCUGUCCAAGCUCAGGUCUCGGUUGGUGAGCAGUCAUGGCAGUUGGGUCAAGAGAGUAAUCCAGAAUUUACUACAGGAAAAUCUGCCUCCGAUUUGCAGGACAACAAUGUUUCAAGACGAAAACAAGCAUGGAACAGAAGAAGACGGUCUAAUGUAGAUGAGCGAAACCAGUCGGAGAAGUUAAACAAUUCUGAGAGUGGUGGGAGCACAAGAUGUGCUUCCAUAGUCAAUGAAGACGCAUCCGAUGGUCUUGGAAUUCUCAACAGUGAUCCUCCCCCUGUUCAGGCUAGUAAGAAUAAUCGUGGUCCAAAGUAUAAGAACAAGUUGAAUGAUACUAAAUUAAACUCUCAGUUACCACAUGUAGCGCAACAAGAAGGCAGCUCUGGAAAAGUUGUAUUGGACAGUGAUGGAACUAAGACCCCAGCAAAAUUGUUUGAGCCCCUGUCAGUUCAAGAAAAUAAUUCAAAUGAAAGUUUGAGAGAUCAGGAUUCCAUGGAUUUAAAAGCUGGACCUAAUCAGUCAGGGUCGGAACCUGCUAAAAUAACCACUGAAAGGGCAACCAAUAACUGGAAAUCUCAACCUCAUAGGAAGCCAACGAAAAACGGUCAAUCUGAUAAAGCAAAUGCCAAGUAUAUAGGUGGUGAGACUGUGGUCUGGGCGCCUGUGAAGGUGGUGAACAAAGAUGGAUCUUCUGAGUCUCACAAGAGCAGUGCAGGUGAAUUAACUAAUCUGUCAGAUGGGAAGAAUGUGCAAGACACACGUAAUGGUGCAAAAGCCAAAAGGGCAGAGAUAGAGAGAUAUGUUCCUAAGCCAAUUGCGAAAGAAUUAUCACUGCAGGGAGACUCCCACCAGUCAUCUUCUACAGUAGUCUCAGCGUCAUCUUCUGCUGAUUCUGGGAAGCGUGAAUUGGCCUCAUCAAGUGCUGUAACUGGCAAAGAUGUUAGCUCUACUGUUGCAAAAACGGCAUUGAUUUCUAUGAAUACAGAAGAUAAUAAGCAAAGCAGGCAGGGCAAGACACAUUCAUCAUGGCGUCAACGAAAUCCUGGCGAGGCUCCAUCGCACGAACAGAUCGAACAAUCUUCUGGACCUUCUAAAUCGGUUCAGAAGACAUCUGAGCACCAACAUUCAAAACCCAGUGAUGAUGAAGGUAGUAAUAAGAAUCCACAGAACGAGCUUAUAACUACAUCAGACAUUGUUAAGGAUCACGGCACAACCCGACUGAAACGGCAGCAAUUUAAAGAAGUCAAGGUUGAUGGAACCAGCUAUGCUCCUCAUAGCAAAGCGUUACAGGGUGAGCUGCCUAACAAAAAAGAAUGGCAGCCUGCAGCUCCAGUUGACUCUGGGGACAGGAAUUCUUCAAGAAAUGAAAACCCGAAUGCUGGUUCUGGUCACAUGAAGUCUCUUUGGCAACCUAAAUCUCAGGUUCAUUCCCAGCAAUAUCAGCAUGGUUAUAAAGGAGGCGGAGGACAGAGAGCUACUGAGAAGCUGCUGCCUUCACAAACCAUAGAGCAGCAGUUUGAGUACCAGAGUGGUCACAACAAAGAUGGUGACAUGUUUCAGAAGAACUCUGGUGCUCGCGAAGAAUCAUCGGAAGCCCACAGAGUUUCAUCUGGAUCAAGGUAUGGCAUGCAAGGUCACCAUCACACCAGACGAGGCGGUCAUUUAUAUGGGCAUCGGCGUGGCGGUGCUUCAGUUCGUGUGAAUGGUUCUUAUGAUAUGGUAGGAUGAGAUGCAGAUUGUCCUUAAUGUCGUAGCGGUCUCAUUUUAACUAAAAAUGGCAGUCUGCGAGAUAUGGAAUAUAUGGUAGACUUUAUUCAGAUAGCAGAUUCUGAUGGUUGCUUACUUUGUUCAGGCUUGAGCUAUCCCACAGGUUAGUUUAUGCAUUUGAUGUAUUGGUGAUUUUUAUUUUUUUAAUCAGACGACUGUUUUUCUUCUCUUUUGCCUAACUUGGAUACUUUCUCCUGGGAA